GAGGAUGAACAAAGUCUUUUCCAAACUCACCAAUUUAUUUCAACAUGUGAUUGAUGAUCAUUUAAAGACUGAACAACACCGAGAUCACUCAGACCUCAUCAGUGCCAUGUUGGAUAUGAUCAAUAAACCUACAAAUAUAGGCUCUUUCAAGAUCACUUCCGAUCAUCUCAAAGGAGUCAUGUCGGAUGUGUUUUUGGCGGGAGUUAACGCCGGGACAUUGACAUGGAAGAAGCUGGAGCUUUAAACAUCGCCAAGAAAAUUCCUCUUGAGCUCGUACCAACUCUUCCAUCAUCAUUCGUGAACAAAAAGUAUUAAAUAAGAUCAAGAUUUGUAUGUUUGCCUCUAUCAUACAUUUGGUUUUUUCUUGUCUUAUGUUUAUCCUGGUUGGCUUGUAUAUCUUAGUAUAUAUCCAUGAUUUAUAAUGUUUCUAUCUUCAAUAAAAACUUUAUGUUAAU